AUGCUGAAGACGGAGAAAAAUUUGAACCGCGAAAUGGAAGAAAGAACAUCUAGGGAGGCUGAACCGUCUGUUGCCUCUGCGGUACAAGCGCUAGUCGCUGUCCUGCAGAGGCAUGUCCAGCCGAGUCUCGAAAGCGCAGGUCAGGGACAGGCUCCUAAUCCUCAGGUCACGUCAGUACAGCCACGUGAAAGAAUCCAGGGUCCAGCCGUUCAGCAUGAGAUGGCCAGAUCUUUUCCUGGAUUUUUCCAGAAGAAAAGUUGUCUAGGAAAAAGACGCUUCCAGUGCUCCAAAAAUGUGCCAAAGCAACCAAAGCAUUUUUCUGUCUACCUGCUGCAGAAAAAUGCACAAUUCACACCAAGUCCAUCAGGUGAAAUGCAAUUGGCACUGGCUGGACUUGGUAAGCGUCAAGUGGACAUUAUAGAGUCUAUGGACCAUAAUCAAGUGUCCAUUGUGCUGGGGGAAACAUUCAGCAAAUUCAAGAAUGUGUCUGGGGGAUGGGUCGUCAAAAAAGCACUAGGUGGUCAUGGAAGAAGAAGUCUGACGGUUGUCCCUCCAAGCCAUGAGGGUUACACAGGAGCUCAACUUAAAUCUACCACCUUUAAUGGCAAAACAGCUCUUUUUGUUAAUCUGAGACGUUGUCUGAUGGGAAAGAAGAUGAUAUGGAAAACUAUUCAUCUGAAGCUGAAACUUCAUUCCAACCACUCAAUGUGGCUAGCAUGUCCAAUUUGUCACAAGAUGUUUUCAGAAUCAGAACUUCUGAACCAUGCAAGCACCUGUGGUGACACUGGUUUUGAAAACAGUGUCCCCAUCCCCUCGGCAGACUUGUUGGAGGUGGAUAAAAUAUCCUGUGAAGAGGAUGUCCUGCGUUGGCUGGUUACUCAGCUGGACCGUAGUAAGGAGUUCCACCUGUGUAUUUCACGAGAAAACUUGUUGGAACGAGGCAUAAUGCAAUGGCAACGCCAGAAGAAAGCUUCGCCAUUAAACCCUCUGAAAGUCAGCUUUCUUGGGGAGGCAGGAGUUGACACUGGCGCUUUAAGGCUUGAGUUCCUCACAGAAAUGGUUGCUGGUUUGGAAGAGCGCCUAUUUGUAGGAGAGAACAAGAAAGGAAAAAUUCCAAAAUAUUCAAUGAGUGACCUGCACAAUGGUCUUUUUAGAGUUGCAGGGCAAGUGUUUGCUGCAAGUCUGGCCCAGGGGGGACCAGCACCAAAGUUUUUGCAAGAGUGGUGCUUCAGUUUCUUGGCAACUGAAACCGAUGAUGUUUUGGCCAUUGCUGAUGAAAUUAUCAACUGUGGCUACACAGGAUGCAUCACUGUAGAUAAGAAGGAGGAAAUAAUCAGAGCCAUUCUGAUGCAUGCAACCAUGCAACGCACCCCAAUGCUUAAUGACUUGAGAGAGGGACUCAAUUUGUACAAUUUCAUGUCAGUCCUGCAGCAAAAAACAGAGCACUGCCGUGGCCUUUUUGUCUUUGAUAAUGAUGAUAAGGUGGAUGCACAUUACAUCAUUUCUAACCUUGACCCACAAAUGAGUGAAGAGGGUACCUUGAAGCACAGCAAAGAAAUCCACAUCUUGAAUUGCCUUCAGGACUUUCUGAAUGAGAUUGAGGAUGAGCCAUUGUGCAAUGAAGAUCAGCCAACUGUUGCCAAAAUAAUGCAGUGGCUUACUGGACAGUCACAUCGUCACCUCCUGCUCUCAGACAGACGUCGCUUCAAAAUUUAUGUCCAUUUCAAUCACAACUGCCAGAUGUCGCCGUUCAUGUGA